GUGAUUGCGACAGCAGCCAAAGACGACAAGAGUUCACCUUCGUGACUGUGCGCCAUGGGAGCAGAGAGCUCAGUGCAGCAGGACGGGAAGAGCCAGGAGGAUGCGUCAGCCUCAGCCUCAGCCUCAGCUUCAGCUUCAGCCUCGGAGGUGAAGGUGCUCCAGGAGGAAGGCAGCGUCCUCGACAGCAAGUCUUUGCAGAAAAAUGGCCAGAUCUCCAGCAUGACCAGCCUGAAUGGACACUCAGAGGACAACACCCUGGCAGAAGUUGGCCAGCCAGAUGGUGUAUCUGUGGCUCAGAAGGAGGAGGCUCCUGAGACUAUGGGCACCAUCCAGGAUGAAGUAGCUCCUCAAGUGAACGGGGAGAAAGUGGAGAAAGAGUCUCCUGAUGCCAAUGACAUCUCCGCUGUGGAGGAGAAGGCAGCGGAGGAGAAACCUGACGAUGCCAGUGAAGUGGGUUUCAAGAAGAUCUUCCGCUUUGUGGGCUUUAAGUUCACUCUGAAGAAGGACAAGAGUGAGGAGAAAGAGCCCGUGAAGCUACUGACAGUCAAAGAUAAAGAAGGAGAGGAGGUUAGUGGGACUGAGGAACCUACAAAGAAGGAGGAGGCUGCUGAGGAGAAGAACACGGCUGAAGAAAAGGAGGCUGACACAGAGGCAGCUACUGCUGAGACAGAAGUCACUAAAGAUGAGACUGACAAAGCUGAAGCCACUGAUGCCCCAGCUGAAGGCACUGCUGCUGAAGCUACUGAUGAAGCAGUAAAGGAGGAAGGAGCUGAGAAGGAAGAAGAGGCCACUCCACCUUCCCAGGAGACCACCCUGUCCCCCUUCAGAAAGCUCUUUAGUGGAGGACUCUUCUCUAACCUACGAAAGAAGGCCAGCAUCAAGAAGACAAAAGAGGAGGAGGACAAGGAGGCAGCUGUCGAGGAGGAGACAGCUAAGACAGAGGAAACUGCUGCUGCAGUGGACGAAAAGGAGGAGAAGGCUGAGGCAGAGCAAGAAACCAAGGAGGAGGCGCCAGCAACUCCUGAGGAAGAGAAAUCAGAGCCCAAGGAGGAGGCACCAGUUGCUCCUGAGGAAGAAAAAUCAGAGACCACACCAGAGCCCAAUGUCACUGUUGAAACCCCUGCUCCUGCGGCAGCUACUACUGAUGAGACCAAACAAGAAGAGGAAAAAGCAGAAGGUGGUGCAGAAGAGGAGAAGGCUCCAGCGGAGGUGACUUCUGAGGCUGAGCUGCUAUCAUCACAGGAGAAGGCAAAGCCCCAGGGAAGCCCCCUGAAGAAGCUCUUCACUGGAGCUGGCUUAAAGAAGCUGUCAACUAAGAAGCAGAAGAACAAGAAAGAUGCCGAGAGCAAACUGACUGAGUCUGGGGAGCAGGCAGCCAAGCAACUGCAGUCCUCCACUGAGUUAACAGAGGCUCCUAAAGCUGACAGUGGGCCCUCAUCUCCAGAGGAAUCAGGAGAGCAUGUUAUUGCUGUGGAGGUCACUCAGAAUGGGUCUAGCCAAGAGACUGAGGGUGAAGUUGCCUCUGAUGGAGAGAAGAAAAAAGAGGGAAUCAUUGCCUGGUCCUCCUUCAAGAAACUAGUUACACCCAAGAAGAUUGUGAAAAGGUCUUCUGAGAGCGAAGAUGAAGCCACAGGUGAAAAACCAGCAAAGCCUCUGCCCUCUUCUGAGAGUGCUGCAUUAGCAGAUAAGAGUGUUGAGGAAGAUGCUGAGGAGGAAAAGCCAACCGAGGAAGAGCCAAAGACUGAAAACACAGAGAAACUGGUCAGCAGCACCGAGGAGCCCAAAAGGAAAAUGGACACCUCUGUCUCCUGGGAGGCCCUAAUGUGUAUGGGUGGACCCAAAAAGAAGACAAGGAGGACCUCUGAUUCCGAUGAUGAUGAGACCAAGAUUGAAGAGGAAGCUGCAGCAGCAGCAGCAGCAUCAGCAUCAGUAGAAGGGGAACAGGAGAGCAAAACUGAGGCUGCCAUUGUCACUUCCCAAAACACAGAGAGUGAGGGAGAAGUUGUUUCCUCCCCUGAACCUUUAAACAGCCCUCCUGAGAGAGAAUCCACCUGGGACACGCUGAAACGCAUGGUUAUGUCAAAGAAUAAGGCCAAAGCUGAGGAAAAGCCAGAGGAGAGUGCAGAGCAGGUCCAGUCAGACAGUGAAGCACCAAAGGAUGAGUCAUCUUUCUCUUUGAGGAAGUUCUUCCCUGGACGCAGGAAGAAGAAGGCUGAAAAACAAGCCUCCACUGAAAUGGGCUCAGGUGAGGAGGACUCUGACACCCCGGCUGUGGUUCCUAUGUCCGAGUAUGACGAGCAAGUUGAGGCCGAACAGGAAGCACCGGCAGAACCAGCUGCAGUCCAGAUUAAAGUGUCCACUGAAGAUAGGUCCCCGUCGUGGAUUCCAGCCACCGUCGAAGACAUUGAUGAUAAAAACAAUCAGUUGAGUGACAUCCCAGAGGAGGCAGAGAAUGCUGCCACGCCUAGGUCUGUUGACACUGACAUUGCAGAGGAUGAAACUGAGGACCAAGCUAUGCUGCCUCCUAAAGCUCCAGGUCGCAUGGGGCGCAGGCUGUCCACAGCUGAAGAGAAGCCUGUCACUCUGGCUCUAGCUGCAGAAACCACCCCUGUUCCUCAAGGACCUAAGUCGGGAACCGCCCAGGAGGUAGUGGGGGCUAUUGAGGCCCAAAUCAGUGAAAUCCUAGCCCAGACAUCUGUGACUGUUGAAGAUGUACAAGUAGAGGUAGCUACUGAAAGUACUGAGUAUGAACCACCAACUGAGACUGCAGAGUCUAAGGAAAAUACCAUUCUGGAGCCACAUGCUCAAGAUGAGGCCAUGGCUAUCUGCACUGGCUUAGGCACCAAGGAGAUUGCCAAAGUAGCUCUGGAGAAGCCUGUGGUCCCCCUUGUAGAGUGUGUGGCUGUGGUCCGUGAUUCUCUGAGCACAGAGGUGGUAAUAGACGAGAAGCCAGCAAGUACAGAGAAAGCCACUCUUGCAGCAGAUGAAGUGAUCAUGGCCCAAGCCCAGGAGGUAGAAACCAUUGACCUUGAACCUGUUGUUGAAAAUUCACAGAGUGAAGCGACAGAUAUUGAAGCUGCCACUGAGAGCUAUGAACCUGAGCUGGAGAAGGUUGGAGUCAUCAACACUGUUCUAGAGGAGACUGAGGUCAUUCAGGCCACCUCCGUGAGCGAGAACUCCCCUAAAUCUGUAGUAGUCAAUCCCAUUACACCAACAUCUGAAAUUCCUGUCUGCACCCAGAGCGUAGAGGUCUCUGAGCCAAUUGUUGAGACCAAGGAAGUGAAAAUCGACACAGAGCAACUUGCUGCCACUGAAGAAAACACACCCAUAAAAGAGGUCGCUCAGGUUAUGACUGAAGAGAUAUCUUCUACUAUUGGUGAAACUGCAAAGAUCACCAUCACAAACGAGACUGAGCCAGUCAUUCCUGUAGUCAUACCAAGUGAGGAGGCUCCUGUUAUCACAGAAACAGUGGUCAUUGUCACCUCACUCAGUACCGAGUCUGACCAAGUGGCAAUCUCAGAUGAGGUGGUCGUGAAAGACGCAGUGGCGUCGGAGGCAGUCUGUGAUAAACCAGUCCAGGUGGAAGAAGCCAAGGAAGAGGGUACGGUUGUGGAAACUGUGGAGGCCACUAUCGUUCAAACAGCAGAGUCAGAGAUCAGUGUAGUCCCCGAGCAGGCCACCGAGAAGAUUGAAGAUAUCAAGGAGGAUGUGCAUCAGGCCAGUGAGAUUGAGGCACAGAGCAGGGUCAUUGCCCAGGCUGUCAUUCAGGAUGCAAUGGAAAAAGUUUCAGAAGACAAGCCUGAACCUAAAAAGCCCGCCAGCCCAACAGCCACCACCCCAACACCAGUCCAGGCAAUAGCAACAACAGAGGAAGAGAUUGAGAUCACACCAGUGGCCCCUGUUAUCACUGAAACCCCUGUCCCUGUCAUCUGUGAAAAACCAGCACCAAAGUCUCCUCAGCCACUUCAUGUUGCCAUGGAGGUUACUGACACCAUCCAAAUAGAGGUGAUAGAGAGCACUGAUGCCUCUGUCGGGGAGGAGGAGAAGAAACCAGAGGAAGAGUUGAGGCAAGCUGUGGAGGUAAAAGUAAGUGAAGAAAUUGUUGUAGUGGAAGAAGUCGUAGAAAUAAAGGCAGAGAGUCAGAUUGGUGAAGAGCUUGAACAGGUCAAGGAGAAACAGAGCAAAGAAGAAGAAGCAGUUCAGGAACCAGAUAUAAAAGAAGCAGCUGAGGAAGUGAAACCACAAUCAGAGGAAACUACACCAGAGGCCCCUUCAGAGGGAGAGAAAGUGCUUGCGAUCCACAUGCCAGUACAGGUGAUCCUGCAGACAGCGGAGGUGGUUGAGGAAUCAGUGGCAGAAGAGGCUGCGGAAGAGUUUGACAGCAACGGUCCCGUGACUGAAGACACCAGCGUAAAAGCCGAGAGCCCCGCAAGUGCAAGCAAACUCUCAACACUGUCAGAAGAAGCUCCAGUGACAGCUUCAGGAGAAGUGUCCGAUCCCAGCAAAGUCACAGAGGCAGCAGCCAGCCAGCCAGAGACAGAGACAGAGAAACCGCCGUCAGGAAAGUGCGCAGAGGUGAUGGCGCAGGUGAUCGAAGUGAUUGAGGAAGCGGUGAAGGAGAUCGAGCCUGUGUCCACAGAGAUCACAGCAGCAUCAUGAGCAGCUGACGAUACAAGACUAAUGCCUGGGAGACACACUGUCUGGACCAGGAAGAGAAAAAGAGAGAGAGAAAGAGAAAGAAGGUGGCUGCUCUGUGGUAACACGCUGAGACUGGGCCCCGCCCAGAGAGACUGAGUGACGGAGUGACACCUCUGCCAUUCUCUCCACCUCCCCUUCCACCUGUACCCCAACCCCAUCCCGCAGCCCUCCCCGUCACAACAACGUGACGACCCCGCCGACACAUCCUCACCCACCCACUGACUCUCUCACGCACACUCACGCAUGUCCUUUGCCUCAGAAGCAUCCCAUCUGGCUUCUUAUCGGUGUGAUGUAUGUUCAAUGUCUCAGUGACUUUCCAUUGCCCUUGCUGCAUAAGGCAAGAGUCUGCAAAACCUGGUCGAGUGUGUAUCUGUGCAUGUGUGUGUGUGUGUGUGUGUGUGUGUGCGCGUGUGUUUGUAUGUGUAUAGUAGCGAGAGUGAGAUGGUGUCAGAAGGUGAAGAGAUGGAGGAUUAUUAUCUUGUAUAUUGUAUUUAUAACUUGAGUAUUCUUUCAUUCACCCCUAAGUCUUUAUUUUUUCAUUUUUUUUGUCCCAUUUUGUUAUUGUAUGGACAUUGUUUCCUGUUCUUAAAAUUCCCAUAUUAAGCUGUGAAACAUUAGGUAUUCUUUUGAGCAACAUUAUGACAGUGACUUUGAAGGGUGAUACAAACAUCCAAAAAAAAUAAGGUUCAGUAAAAUUUACCAAAACAAAUGUGAAACUGCUGCAUAAAAGUGCCUUGUGUGUCACAGCUUUAACUGUCAUAUUCGUAAGAUUAUUUCAAGCAUCUGUAGCAAUUAUAAUUAAACCAUGGUACAAGUGUGAUUCCACUGACAGUAAGUGAUAAGACUGACGGCAGAAAUGAAAACAGGAAGGCAGAGAGUGUGAUAAUACCUACCAGAAAUGCACCACGUGUUUUGACUUUUGUCACAAUGUGUUCUUCACUCUGCACCCCGGCAAAAAUACUUAAUAAGCUUCAUGUAGAUAAGAAACAAACAAUCACUGCCUGAUUCACUGUGAAAAAGACAUUGUUACGCAUUGUUUCACGUAAUAAUACAAUAAAAUAUUAUUAUAACACCCUCA